CCUCCUUUCUCCUCUCCUCUCCUCUCUGCGCUACCCACCCAGCGCGCGCGCCGGUGCCACGUGUGAACUCGGACCGCACCGGACCUCGGACCCUGCGGACACGUGUCAGAAAGCGCGCGUCCGUCGCCAGUGCUGGGGGUGGGAAGCGGCGUUUUCUCCGCGUUGCUUCCUUUCUUUCUUUCUAUUCUUUUUUUUUUUUCUUUUUACAUGUUUGUUUAUUUAUUUAUUUAUUUAUUUUCCUCGGAAGAAUAAAAGCAGGGAGGGGCGCGCGCUGCCGCCGCCGGCGGCGGCGGCUUCUUCUUCUUCUUCUUCUUCUUCCAUGCGGAGGAGCGGCGAUGGCAUCGGCCGUCUUCGAGGGCACGUCGCUCGCCAACAUGUACGUGCGCGACUGCUGGGUGAACGGGCUCCGGCGCCUCGUCGUGAGCCGCCGCGGCCGCCAGGAAGAAGAGUUCUUCGAGAUCCGGGCCGAGUGGUCGCACCGAAAGGUGCUCUACCUGAACCGCAGCUACUCGGACCUCGGGCGGCUCCUGGCGAGACUCGCCGACUCGUUCCCGGAGGACAGACGGGAGCUGUCGGGCUCGGCGCUCAUCCAAGGUCUUGUGAAGAUCAAGGAGGCCAGAGAUAUUGAGGUCAGACUGAAUGAAGUGGAGCGAUUUCUAAAGAAUGCGAUCAACAUGCCCUGGAAGUUUUCCAGGUCAGAAGUGAUGUUGACGUUCUUUGAGAGGUCUCCAUUAGACCAGGUGCUAAAAAAUGACAGUGUUCACAAGAUCCUGCCAUGCUUUCCGAGUACACAUAAAAUAUCAGAGAUCAUGAGAUCCCAUGGGUUUUGUCUUGUGAAUACUGAGGCCAGCGUACGCGACAAGAGUCUCCUACCUGACAAAGAAAGGCCCUCAAGCACAGAUUCUGCCGAGCACCAGUCUGGCGAGGAGUUCCUGACUGCAGAGCCUGGAAGCAGCUCUGAUGAUGACCCAGAGUCUUAUGUCACCAACUUGUCAUACUACCACCUGGUGCCCUUUGAGACGGACAUCCCGGAGUGAUCCUAUGGAGGGAGGACCUUGUCUGACCUCGUCUGUCCUACCAGAUGUCAAGACAAAACAAGCAAAAUGGAACUUGUUCAAUGGCAGCGGUAAUUGAUAAUGAAUCACCUUGUAUGUGCUUCAUCCAUGUUUUUUCCUGUUAACUGAUUAUUAAUAGAGCUGUGCUCCUCUUCAAGCUCCAACUGCCACGUUGGCGACCAUGUGGUAACUUCACAGCAUUUCUCUGGUCCUUGUGUGAUUUCUUGACUGGCUGGGUUCCCUGAGGUAGCAAUAGCUGCUAAGAGUUGUAUACCACACUCCUCGAAAGUAGGCCUUGGAGCUCAGCUUCUGGUCUUGGUGGUUCUUCUUAGCAAAGUAGUCACUUCUCUGACUCAACCCUAAGAAAAACAUUCAGUCUUUAUUUCCCUCCAUUUUUCCACUAUGGCAUUAAGCCUGAACUGAGGGGACUGCCAACGUGCUAAGUCAUUAGAUUGCAUUGUAAAAUAUUUAUUUCAAAGCGAGUGGUCAAGUUUCUCAGUAGCAAGUGAGCCAAACGUACUUUUUUGGCAGUAAAUGGACUGGAAGGGUAGGCAGGGAAGGGAACUUGAGAAAUGUGGAUGGAUUUUUAAUACUGAAAGGGCUUUGCUGGAAAUGCUCUCAUAGACAGUGCUGUUUGUCGCAUGGAUUAUUGAGUUUCCUUUUGUGAUUUACCAGCAGUCAAAUAUGAGUUGCUGUACCACAAAACCGCAGUUAACACUACAAGAAUAAAGUCAUUAAAAGGCCAAAACCUUAAUUUAUAUUUUAAUGUGCUAUGAUGUGAAAAAUUCUAUUUAUUUUUCCAGCCAUAAGAUUGACAGACUUACUAAUAGUGCUGCUUUAUCGCAUAAUAUUUCCACGUCUGUAUUUACACUA